AAACCUAGGUUUACAAAACUCAAAAUGUCCCUCAUCCCUCCUGUACACACACCUAUACAUACACUCUCAAGAACCCUCCACUUUUUCCCACAAAACCCCAUCACUUUCCACCCCAAAAUCAAACCCAUGUCUUCAUCUUCAUCAUCAACUCCUUGGACUUGCCCAAAAUGCACUUUCACCAACCCCAAUUCUCAACAAACCACUUGCCAAAUCUGCCUCACCCCACAAGCCCAACCCCAUGUUUCACCAAAGCCCACUUGGUCCUGCAAGUCUUGCACUUUUCACAACUCUUACAGGAACAAUAACUGUGAGAUUUGUGGGACCAGGGCCUCGGCUUCUUUGUUGAGUGAUCUUGGAACUGAGGCCGAUGAUGAGAUUGAUCCUAGUGUAGGGACUGUGUUCUUGCCUUUGCAGCGGUGUAAGCGCAAAAUUGGGCGAGUUGGGGAGAUGGGUUUGGGUGAUUCUGGUGGUUCUGGAUUGUUUGCUAGUGUCGAUGUUAAGUCUGCAAAGAAUGAAGUUGAUGUUUUGGAUAACCCUUGCACGGAAAAAGUUCUAAAGACAUUGAAGAUUUUGUCUUAUAAUGUGUGGUUUAGAGAGGAUUUAGAGAUGCGUGAGAGGAUGAGGGCUCUGGGAAACCUAAUCGAAAUGCAUUCACCCGAUAUUAUAUGUUUGCAGGAAGUCACCCCUAACAUAUAUGACAUUCUCCAGCAAUCAAGCUGGUGGAAGUUGUAUAAAUGCUCAGUUUCUAAUGAAAUGGCAUUCACGAGAGCAUACUUUUGUAUGCAGCUAAGCAAAAUGCCAGUAAAUCUGUUUAGCUGCAAACCUUUCCGUAAUUCAAUUAUGGGAAGAGAACUUUGUGUUGCUGAAGUUGUAUCCAGGGAAGAUAUGCCAUUAGUCAUUGCCACAAGUCACCUUGAAAGUCCAUGUCCAGGACCUCCUAAAUGGGAUCAGAUGUAUAGCAAAGAACGCGUAGAUCAGGCAAAAGAAGCUAUCAACUCACUUAAACAACAUAAGAACAUAAUAUUUUGCGGGGACAUGAAUUGGGAUGACAAACUGGAUGGACAAGUUCCUCUGCCUGAUGGCUGGCUUGAUGCUUGGACAGAGCUAAGACCUGGAGAGAUAGGAUGUACGUAUGAUACCAAGACUAACAAGAUGUUAUCUGGUAAUCGGACACUUCAGAAGCGAUUGGACCGCUUUCUGUGUUCUCUGCAAGAUUUUAAGUUAGAUGGGAUUGAAAUGAUUGGGAUGGAAGCAAUACCAGGCUUAUCAUAUUGCAAAGAGAAGAGAGUCAAAAAUGAGGUCAAGAAAAUGAUGCUUCCUGUUUUGCCUAGUGAUCAUUACGGCUUGCUUUUAACAAUCUGUCCCUCUUAGAUUGAUUAGGCAGAAAAACAUAAUAGCAGCUAUCAACUUUUCGUUACCGCUUUUGUCGUUUGUGCAGAACACGGAACUGAUUUGGAAAAUGCCUGCCUCUAAAUAUCUUGUUAUCUGCUAUUUGGGCGAAUUUCUUCUGUGAAUAUUUUUCUUGCACAACUAAUGUGUACUGAUGGUGAAUUAAGUUGGUUUGCAACUGUGUACAAUCUCAAAUUUCGACUGCAUACUUAAAUUGUAUUUAUAAAAGGAUUCAUCAAGGCAGCGAAAAAUGAAAUCCUUUUUCUGUCCAA